CUGUAUUACCAAGACAUCAUCAAAAUCCAGCUUCAGAAAACCUCUACUCCUAUCCGAAAUUUGAAUCAAAAGAAGAAAAAGCAACAGCAUGGGUUACUGGUCUGCUGAGAAUGCUACUAAUGCAUACCUCAAGACUCUGAGAAUGGGUCAAAAGGCAAAUGAGCCAGAUGAAGCUGAAUUCAUUUCAGCAUUAGCAGCUGGUAACAAUGCACAACUAAUGGUUGUAGCAUGUGUCAAUGCUGCCACCACAACCACAGUGGCCUUAGUUGCUGCAGCCCAUCAAACCGGUGGCCGUGUGGUUUGCAUCCUUCCUGGUCAUCAAGAAUUACAACUAUCUAAAAAAAUCCUAGGUUGUGAUGCCUGUCAUGUUGAGUUCGUUAUUGGAGAAGCUCGAAGUCUAUUAUUAAGCCAUUAUAGUGAAGCGGAUUUUGUGCUCAUUGAUUGCAACCUUGAGAAUCAUGAUGGUAUUCUUGGCGCAGUACGAGCAGGCAGGAAAAGAAACGGAGCUGUUAUAGUGGGGUAUAAUGCAUUUAGCAAGAGAUCAUGGCGAUCUGGUGGGUCAAAAACACAGUUGUUGCCUAUUGGAGGAGGAUUACUGGUGACCAGAAUUGCUACAGAUGCCAAGAUUGCUGAUGGCCGUGGUUGCGGGAAGAGGAGCCAUUGGGUUGUCAAGGUAGAUAAAUGUACCGGCGAAGAGCAUGUUUUCAGGGUCAGACUCCCACAAGGGAAACAAAUCGAAGCUUAAUUAGUUCUAAUUUAGAGAGUCAUCAAGAUGUAAAAUAUCAAAAUCAUAUUUCAAAUCUGGAAAAUAACCAAAUCCAGGGAACCUAGCAGGACAGCCUGAAAAACCCUGGUGAGCAGGGAACCUAUAAAUCAUGAUGUUCUGAUAAAUCUCUCCAGGAUCAACAAUCUAAGAAGGGAAAUAGGGGUGAUUGACCGCGUCAGGAAAUACUUGAGUCUCUAAGCAAAUACCAGCAUGCUUAGCAAAAACGCAUCCACCUUUCCCCUUGACAUUGUCAAGCAUGUUACUUGUAUAAAACUGCACUCCAGGCUGAUUGGUCCAUAGCUCCAACUUCCUCCCAGACACACUUUCUUGCACAACAGCAACCUUCAUAAAGUGUCCAAGAUUCAAGUCAUCUAGCACAUAGUUGAUGUCAUAUCCAUCAGGCAAUUGAUUGAACAUGCUCCCAAUCUCCCUGGCCUGGAGGGAAUCAUAAGGUGUAUCCUUGACGUUGACAAUUUCUCCGGUCGGAAUGAGUUCUUCAUCCACAGGAGUAACUUCAGAUCCAAAAAGCUGGAUGGUAUGAGACAAGAUGUCACCACUGUUGUGUCCACCAAGAUUCCAGUAAGCAUGCAGUGCCAAGUUCACUGGGGUAGGCUUGUUUAGAGGCUUAGCCCACAUUCUCACAGCUAGCUUGUUUGCUUGAACUAUCAUGUAUGUCUCACAGACACAGAAACAUCACCAGGAAAACCUAUAGAAAAGAAAUUCGCCAAUCAAUGCAAACACCAUACAUGUAUACAAGGCACAAAGAUCAGAUACAAAUGAGACAGAAUUCUAGCCAUGGAAAGAAACAUUACCUUCCUCUCCAUCAAA